ACUUGAUAGCGGUCUUUCAACAAUUUAUACAAAUAAUAUUAUACCAGACAACUGCUAUUGAACAAAAUAGGUCAGACAAAAUAAGUAUUAAAAUACUUGAAAUAGGAAGUAGAUUUGUUAGGGCUUAACAUUUACAUGUUUGGAUAUUCAAUUCAGGGGUUCUUUGUGAUACAAUACGAACUUCACUGGAUAUAAAUGGCGGACCAAGAAGAAGUUGUCUACGACGACACACUCACGGAAGAUGAUACAAAAGAUGACCAACACCGGCGUGAACAGUCAAGUGACACAGGAAGUAAACCAGCCGGAAGUACUGAAGUUGUUGAGACAAUGCCCCGAACAAAACCACCACCAGUUGCACCAAAACCAAAGCACAUUCAGGAGACCUUGGACAGAAAAGGUUGUUCAGCGAUUAAUGCCGAUUCACAGAUGUUGUCGACACCAGGAUGGUAUUAUUUUGACGGGAAAAAUUUAUCCAUACAAAGACCGGAAGCUGUCUAUACACCGGGCAGUGAUUACUGUCACGUGUUGAUGGCCAAGAACGCUGAUGACGAUAGCGAUAAUAGCGAUUCUUCCUUGGAGUCUGACAGCAGCGGCAGUGAAAACGCAAACGAGGACGUGCAGGUGCGUUCAAAACUGUCGGGUCUGAAGACACUAAAUAUCAACAUCCGCCUCAAUGUAGCUGAUCUUGUACAGACAUCAGCUUCUUCAAGACGUCACAGGCACAAGAGAACACGUCACAAAACAGUUCGUCGUGUUCCGCCAACAAACUACGAGAUAGUAAAUAUCAACAAUGAAUCCACUGAUACUGGUAAGGAACCGGUAGAAAACUCUAUGAAAAGCAUUGGAGUAGAAACAGAUGUUUUUGAACUUCCACCAAGGAGACCUCCGAAAACGUAUCGCACAGAAGUCAAUGAAUCUGACGCCGGUCAGUCUAGUAAGAAUGAUUCCACGGUUGAGGAGGAGAAUUAUGAAUUCAUGGCGUCUGUUGAACCAGCAGCUGCUAAUAAAAAUAGAAACGUUAAAAGACACAGUUCAGAACCAGCUCUCAGUUCGGCGCAUGCGCACAGUUCAGAGGAGAUAUACGGUUACAAAGAGGAUUACUAUUCGCAAAUUUCGGGACUCAACGCACCAGAUAGUGACGUAUACUCUUCCGACACUCAGAUAAAGACUGAAGUGAAAGAUCUGUCAGGGACUCAAGAAUGGUUUUAUACUUACAAAGAACGUCAUAAAGCAGAAACUAACCUUUCUAAGGAUGAAAAGGCGGACGGAAGCUUUGCCGUGAUUUCCGAAAAUAUUGAAGAAAAUCAUCAUUUUCCCUUCACUCUAUUACUCAAACACAGAGGAAAAAUUACACGAACGCCUAUAAAGAGAAUCACAGAUUUUAGGAGAAAGAAAUACGAGUUGUUUAAUACAAAAAAGGAUACAAUUCUUAAACUAGUGGAACAUUUUAGACUCAAGCCCUUGCCGCAUUUCAAGUUAACUUUAAGAUGAAAUUGUAUAGCUGCCACAUAGUGCCAAAAUUGUACAGUUCUAUACGUCUACGUAGAGGUCUGGCAAGCUCAUUCGGAAAUUUAUCGCUAUAGUUCUAGAGAAGUCUAGUCCGUUUUGAAGAAAAAAAAAACGAAGAAAAACUUGAAAAUUAAAGAAACUUGAAGAAGUUGCAUUUUGCUUGCUAUAGUAUCUGGAUAAAGCUAUAGAUAUACAGCCAAUAGUCUUAUUUCAAACCGAUAUUUAUCACUGCCAUGUGCAUGUUUAUUUAUUUUUGCGUUAUAAACACAGGGGAAAUAGUUCAUCAUUCUCAGAGAAAAGCUCAAGGGAAAUGGAUAUUAUAAAGCUUAAAGUUAUAGUUCUUUGACAUGUGUAAGAAUACCUGCGUGUGGAUUUGGUGUUUAAAGGAAGAAAGAAAAGCUAUGUCAUGUUAUUGUGAAAACACAUGUCUUUAACAGACCUAUUUAUUGUACGCUUGUAAAAAUAUAGAAAUAUAGACUUAUAUUAAA